CCAGUUGUUCUUGCUUUUCUUUCUUUCUUCGUCUUCUCUCUUCCUUACUCUCUCUCCUCUUUCUCUCUCUAGACUUUCAUCGUCUUCAAACCCACCAACGACACCAACAUUCUUCCUCAUACUUGUCUCCACCAUUAUCACCAUCUUCUUUCCGCAAUCACCAUCGCAAUCGCCAAUCGGAUUCACUACACACAAAACCCUAUUUUCAAUCUCGUGCGAAAGAUUUGAGUUUUUACACAUGCUGAAGGGGUAAGAAAACUUGAAAAGAUGUUAGAGGCUCCGAAGUUUACAGGCAUGAUGGGGCUAAACAAUGGCCAUGAUAAUUUUGUUGACCUGUCACAAGGGUUUUAUCAUAAGCUUGGUGAAGGGUCGAAUAUGUCAAUCGACAGUUUCAACAGUUUGCAAAUGAGUAAUGGUGGCGGGUCGGUUGCGAUGUCCCUUGAUAACAGUAGUGUGGGGUCGAAUGAAUCUCACACUCGUAUAUUAAACCACCAGGGUUUAAAGCGUAACAAGAAUUACACAGAUGCUCAAAGUGUGAACCGUGGUCGAGUCUCACAAGGGUUAAGUAAUGAUGCUUUGGCUCAAGCCCUGUUGGACCCAAAGUUUCCAACCGAAGGGCUUGAGAAUUUUGAUGAAUGGACGAUUGAUUUAAGGAAACUCAGUAUGGGGCCCGCUUUUGCACAAGGGGCGUUUGGGAAGCUGUAUAAAGGAAGUUACAAUGGUAUAGAUGUUGCUAUUAAGCUUUUGGAAAAACCUGAAAAUGAUUUGGACCGGGCUCAGCUUAUGGAGCAACAGUUUCAGCAGGAAGUUAUGAUGCUUGCAAGAUUAAAGCACCCCAAUAUUGUAAGGUUUAUUGGUGCAUGCAGGAAACCAAUGGUUUGGUGUAUUGUGACUGAAUAUGCAAAGGGUGGUUCGGUUAGGCAGUUUUUGACUAAAAGACAAAACAGAUCGGUGCCUUUGAAAUUGGCAGUUAAGCAGGCUUUGGAUGUUGCUAGAGGGAUGGAAUAUGUGCAUGCACUUGGAUUGAUUCAUAGAGAUUUGAAAUCCGAUAAUCUUUUGAUUUCGGCUGAUAAGUCGAUCAAGAUUGCUGACUUUGGUGUUGCUCGAAUUGAAGUGCAGACUGAAGGAAUGACGCCAGAGACUGGGACCUACCGUUGGAUGGCUCCGGAGAUGAUUCAGCAUAGGCCUUACACACAGAAAGUAGACGUUUACAGCUUUGGGAUAGUUCUCUGGGAGUUAAUCACCGGGAUGCUUCCAUUCCAGAACAUGACAGCUGUACAGGCGGCAUUUGCGGUGGUGAAUAAGGGUGUCCGCCCCACCAUCCCGCCGGACUGCCUUCCAGUACUUGGUGAAAUCAUGGUUCGUUGCUGGGACGGGAACCCAGAUGUGAGACCACCGUUCACAGAUGUGGUUAGAAUGCUGGAACAUGCUGAGACUGAGAUUAUGACGACAGUUCGAAAGGCUCGGUUCAGGUGCUGCAUGAGUCAACCGAUGACUACUGAUUGAUGUGUGAAGGAUGAAUUGAAUAUAAGAAAAGGAAAAAGGUAAAGAAAAUCAACAGGUGAUUUUAUAUGCCGUCUAUGUGUAUCUAUUAUCAGGGUAAUUUCUUUCUUCAGAUAGGGUGAACAAAGGAAGAAAAUUAUGAUAUGAACGAACUACUUGGUUUCUGGCUUUUUUUCCUGCUUUUUUGUUGUUGAAUAUUUAUGGAUUAUGUUGCUAAAUUAGUAGUAAUGGAGAUGAUUUGUGUUGUAUUUAUUUAUA